AUUUGAGUGUUGCAUAUACAAUCAUUUUUGGGGAACCAUUUUCCCUUAGGAGGGUCCAACAUCUGAAUCAUGUAACCGUUCUCUGUUCAGCUUAACCUCACUCAGCAUCCCAUUUGAGUCUACUUGUAUUCGAAGCCAUUGCGGUGAGACUGGACAGGGAGAGAGAGAGAGCUUCCACCUACCAUGCCUCCACCUCCGCCUCCUCCUUCUAGACCCAGUCUCAACGGCAACACAGGUCAUCAUAUCCCUCCACCACCUUCAAGACCCAGUCUCAACGGCAACACCAGUCAUCACCAUCUCCCUCCUCCACCUUCAAGACCCAGUCUCAACGGCAACACCAGUCAUCACCAUCUCCCUCCUCCACCUUCUAGACCCAGUCUCAACGGCAACACCGGUCAUCAUGUCCAUCCUCCUCCUUCUCACACGGUGAGGCAUCAGCAACCGUAUUACCGUAGCUACUCCUCCUCCUCCUCAGCCUCAUUCAAGGGAUGCUGCUGCUGCCUCUUCCUCCUCUUCUCUUUCCUAGCCCUCCUAGUACUCGCAAUAGUACUUAUCGUGAUACUAGCGGUGAAGCCGAAGAAACCACAGUUCGAUCUACAGCAAGUGGCGGUAAUGAACAUGGGAAUCACCUCCAUGGACAACCCCAACCCUAGCGUCUUAGAUCCAACCACCGCCUCCCUCUCCUUCACAAUCCGGAUGCUGUUCACCGCCGGGAACCCGAACAAAGUCGGGAUCAGGUACGGUGAGUCCAGCUUCACGGUGCUGUACAAAGGCUUGCCACUUGGGAGAGCGACGGUGGCGGGGUUCUACCAGGAAGCGCACAGUACGAGGAACGUGGAGGCGACGAUUGCUGUGGAUAGAGUUAAUCUUAUGCAAGGCAACGCCGCUGAACUGGUCAGAGACGCUUCGUUGAAUGAUCGAGUCGAGCUUACGGUUCGUGGAGACGUUAGCGCUAAGAUCCGAGUGAUGAACUUCGAUUCCCCAGGCGUUCAGGUAUCGGUGAAUUGCGGGAUAGGCAUUAGUCCGAGGAAACAAGCUCUGAUUUACAAGCAAUGUGGUUUUGAUGGCCUUAGCGUCUAAUUUCAAACUGUAACAUAUAAAUUCUAGUGAUCACACUCCCAAACUGUGUGGAGGAGUUGCAAAAGAAAAAACAGAAAAGUUCGAAGUUCCAAAGCCAAAAGUGGUAAAGAAACGGAACAGAGGAUCCAUCUUGGAAGUUUUGUGUGUGUUUUUGUUUCCUUUGUACAAGCAAUAUUUAGAAAUGCAACAAUGUUGUUUACUAAAGUCACUAAUCACUUGAGUAAUUAGCAUAUGUUUCUCUA